AUGCAUGUGGCACGGCAAGAUGCCAAGAUCAAGUCCCUGGAAACGGCCUUGGAGCGACAAAGACAGAAGGUGCGUCUCUCGGAAGGAGCGUUGCAACGUGACAAGCAGCAGUUGGAGAUCGACUUGGCAGUGCUACAGACGCAGUUGCAUCAUGCCCAGGUGGGUGCCUCGGGGGCCACAGAUUUCUCCGAGUUGCGGCUGCAACUGGCGCAGGUUUUUGCCAAACACAGCUCCGGCUUUGGCACGGAUAGUACCGAAGAGAACAUCGACCGUGCGAACCUGCAGUAUGGCGAGGUCACCUACGGCGGCAUGGAGCGGCUCUACGAAGCCUUGGAACUGAAGAAGGAGGACGUCUUCUACGACCUGGGCUGUGGCGUGGGGAAGUUAGUGCUCUACGUCGCCUUGAGGGGCACGGCCCAACGCUCUGUGGGGCUGGAGGUCGGACAGCGCCGUUUCCUGCUGGCUGAGCAUGCUCGGAGCUCUUUGGAGGAACUCGAGGGCAAGCACCGGAAGAGCGACGAGAACAAUGAGAAAGCGACGGAGUGCAGGUUUCAGUUGGCCGACAUCAGUAGGUACCGUUACCUGGACCCAACAGUGGCAGUGCUCACCAACCUCUGCAUGGACAUGGGAGUGCAAAGUCGCACUCUCAAUUGCCUCCUGCGCUGUCCUUGCUUCAGGCGCUUGGUGAGCAUUACGCCACUACCCCACACCAGGCUUCCAACGAAGUUGGGGGCGGCCUCUGCGGAGCACGUGGAAAAUCAACUCCUCAAAGGAUUAGAUGAUGCCUCACUACUCCACGGAGUGUCUUUGACUGAUUGCCUCAGUGGAUGGGGCAAACAUUUUGCAAACAGCUCAGCAAAGAGCAUGUAUGAGAUCCAAAAACGAGACUACGGUCUGAGUUUCCAGGUCUCCAAGAUUGACCAUUUUCUGAGCCAUGAUUGGAAAACUUCUCGAAGAAGAAAGAUUUCGGUCAUGAUCGUCUAUUUCAAUGCCCGUGCCGCAACAUGUGCGGCCGCGCUCUGUGCUGUGUUUGUUGGUUUUUGCCGAGAAGCCCCUUGGCAGGACGUAGAAGCUGCGACGAACUACGAUACUCGGAGUACAGAUCUGACUUCCCUUUUGCCGCAAGCCACCUUUGUGUUUUUCCUCUGCUUUUGGCAGAGGCUCCGCGGCUUGUUCAGAAGGCCAAAGACCGCUUUCCUUGACAGGCUAUGCAUCGCGCAGCAUGAUCACGCACUGAAGACACAAGGAAUCCUGGGCUUGGCUUCCUUUUUGGAUCACUCGGAAGAGUUGACCAUCCUAUGGUCCUCGCGGUACUUCACCCGUCUUUGGUGCUGCUUCGAGGUUGCCGCUUUCCUGCGGGAAAGUCAAACAGCAAAGAAUCGACAAGUGACCUUGUUGCCUGCAGCAACCGCUGAGGUCAUGGUUUCACUGAUCGCCGGUAAUUUGUUUGCAGUUGCUUUCCGGCAAAUUCAAUUCUGGGCGGCAUCAGAGGGCCUUUGGCCUCCACAACCAAGAACGCCUUCUGGUGUCUCCUACUUUGGUGUGGCUGCCAUUGUUGCCUGUUGUUUUAUACAGUACCUGCUCUUGGGCUUGUGGACGGAGAUUCAGGAUGUCAAUAGGCAGCUGCGUGAGUUUAGUGUGAACGCUUCUGACUGUUUUUGCUGCGCGAACCAUCACCGCCACCCGGAAACCGGGCGGACUUUGCUUUGUGACCGGGCACUGGUGUUUGAUGCGUUGAAGACAUGGUAUGGGAAGGGGGAAGAGGAGGAGCAUUUGGACAAGUUCGACCGGGAAGUUCAAACAGUCCUUCGCAAGCAGAUCCAAGCCAAGCUUGCUACGAACAUCAUACUUCCCCAUUCCACUUUGUUUUUAGUAUUGUGUGGCACUUUAUCCCCUUGGCUGUGCGACAGUGUGGUAUGGAUGAAGAAUUUGUGGCUGCAAAGUACCGACCCAAUGCUUAAUUUCUGGAGAUGUGUCGUGGCGGUCGCAAGAUUUUAUUUUAUUCCUUUCAUCAUGAGCUCGUUCCAGGUGCUGAUUGUAGUACAGGUGACGGUGAAGCUCGGUUUCUUGUUGAUGGUGAGAGUGCGAAGACUCGUGGCUGCUGUUCUUGUGGGGAAUCUGGCUACAGUGCUUGUGAUGGCCAUCAGCUGGGCUAUUGAGAGAUCGGCGAGCAUGAUGGGAGAAAUGGGUUUAUCUGAUUUUUGGCCGUUUCUAGCCUUGGCAUGGUUGCUCUUGUUGUGGAUUCUCCUAAUGUGUCUGCACUAUUGUUGA